UAGGAAAUUGCAUGGAUGAAAUUAGUAGUCUAUAACUUAUAAUUUGAGAAAUAUAUUGUACUGCAUGACGGCCAGCAAUCAAUACACCCGUGUACUUAAAGCAAUAUAGUAAAAACCAUGGUAACCCUUAAUAAGAAAAUAACAACAUGACGGUUUGUAUAAAGAGGGUGUGCUACCUAGAACUGAUUUACUGUUAUAUAUAUUUUUGAUGAAGGAAUCGUCACUUUAAGGCCUCUCGCUAUAACCACCGCAGUCACUACCAGAAAAAAAAGAAAAACCGCUUGUGGAGUUACAAGAGUUGGAAGACGUAACAAGACUACAGGGUAAAGAAGCCAAUCACUUUGUCGAUUCGAAGUUUGUCCAGCUACAUGUGAAAAUAACUUCAUAAUCGGAUCACAGGUAACAGAAAUAUCACAAUCGAAGCACUGGAAGGGUGCGAUUCUAGUACACGAGCUAAUUAACAAACUGACUUGACGGAGAUAAACAAUUUAUUGCGUUGAUGAUGAACGCGCAACGUGAACCACUGCCACAUUCUAUCGAAGUGAUACUGGGACUAACAGAAACAAUUGAUAAAACUACACAAUCGUUUCGACCCUAUCUCAGAAGGGAUGACAAAGAGCGCAAUUCAAAAAUACACGAGAAUACAGAAAAUACUUGUACAAGACUUGUACCUCGACAAGGCCAAGUCUCGCUAUCUUUGUGUGAAACCACGGAUAUUAUCUCAAGAGCAUUUGACGCUCGAAGAGAAAAUAUGAAUUUUAGCAGUCAUACGCGUUGCCCAGAUGAAAAAGCUAUUGCCGGUGAUGAAGAUAACUGCUGCGGCAAAGCAACGAUGAAUUUUGAGAAUCGUACUUAUUCAGAUAAGAUAGAUGACCUGGAUGACGUGUUUUAUCAAACGGCAAGGGAUUUCAUUAACGACCAGGAAGCAAUCGAAGGAUGUCUAAAGCAGCGGCGAAGAAGAACGGCAUUCACUAGUCAGCAAUUGCUUCAGCUUGAACGAGAGUUUCAGGAAAAGAAGUAUCUAUCGGUCGAAGAACGAUCCCAUUUAGCAUCGGGACUCAACCUUUCCGAAGUCCAAGUAAAAAUUUGGUUCCAAAAUCGACGGGCAAAAUGGAAACGCGUACGAGCUGCUUCGUCCGGUCGUUUUGCGAAGCACCAUGGCAGUCGAGGCACAAGCAAAAUAGUUGUUCCCAUUCCAGUGCAUGUUAGCAGGAUUACCACAAGAAACAGCGUGAACAUGGCGUAGCUUUAAAUUUGAAUCGAUAAACAGCAACUAUGUCAUAUGUUUUCGCCCAUAAUUCGUUUAACUCGCUGGUUUGUGUACUACAUACUCUAGGCAGAUAUCUAAAGUUCAGGUUUUAACUGGUAUAUUAAAGUAAAAAGCAAACGCCUCAUGUGCUUAGGAACUUCAAUUUUUAAAACUUCAAAUUUACAUCAUGUACUUCUUUAACCCUUGAAUCCAGUAUGUUCCACUUAUCUUGCACAAUAGAAAGAUUAAAGUUACCCAUAAAAUAAAGAAAUUACCAUGUCAUAUGCGCACAUAAAAAACUUGAGAAUAACUGUAAAUGCAUCUGCCAUGUUUGUACUUCUCCAUUUUCGACAAUAUAUGUUUGUUUUAAAAAUUAAUGUUACAACCGAUAUUAACUUAUUUCACAACAAAUUAACAGGGACAAACAAGUUUAUGUUAAGAAAGAUAGUUUUAUAUAACUUGUGUAAGUAAUUGACACACAAGGUAAAGCAAGCAAUGAAAUUUAGAACCGAUCCCUUUGACUAAUGUACCACACGUUUCUUGUACAUCAUACUCUAAUGCAAUAAAAAGAAGAGAAACUCA